CCUCCUCGCGAAGCAGGCAUCUAGUGUGCGCCUGUCAGAGUGGCCAGCAGUGACAGAUAACAGUUCGAAAACAGCGUUGUAUUGAGUGCAUUUUUGCGAAAAACUCGAAGUGAUUCGCGUCCAGCACAGUGUCAGCGCGUAAUUCACAGCAUUUCGCACCCGCAUGAUUUCAAAAGUGUAUACCUAGAACGGGGCAACACAAAUCUCAUGGCGCGAAUGUGUAACAUUUGAAAGUCUGCAGGUUGUUUUGGGCCUAGCAUCAUGCGGUAAUGUUUGUAAAGGGUGUGACAGCUCCGCAUGGCCUGCCGUCGCAGCCAGCAACAGCAGCAGCACCAGCAGCACCACCGCCGCCACAAGCAGCAGCAACAGCACCAUGGUGAAGACGUUCCAGGCCUACUUGCCACAAUGCCAUCGCACUUAUUCGUGCAUACACUGCCGGGCCCAUCUCGCCAAUCACGACGAGCUUAUUUCAAAGUCAUUCCAAGGCAGCCAAGGCCGGGCGUAUUUGUUCAACUCAGUAGUGAACGUGGGCUGCGGGCCUGCGGAGGAAAGAGUUCUCUUGACUGGGCUUCACGCCGUCGCCGAUAUCUACUGUGAAUGCUGCAAGACUACGCUGGGCUGGAAAUAUGAACACGCUUUCGAGUCCAGCCAGAAAUACAAAGAAGGCAAAUUCAUCAUCGAACUAGCACAUAUGAUCAAAGAAAACGGAUGGGACUGACCUUUUUGAAGCAAGCCGCACUCAAAACAUACAUUAUGCAAACAAACAAAGGACUGUCACGAAAUAAUUUCUGUUUUCUCGACUGGACCUAGGUUCGUUUCGUGCUUGUUCCGGACGAUUUUUACAAAUGAAAAUUGGUUUCGCCAUCUCGUGUCUUUUCGGUUCUUCAAACACGCCUUGCGCCAGAAUGGUUUUCGUUCGUUAGUUCGUUCGUUUUAGCAGUUGGUGACGUCGGACCAUGCCGAGGAGUAAAUUUAAUUGAUGUCAAUUCUGGAUGUUUGAGAGGUUGGUUGGUGGAUGAGAUGGGCACUUGAACAAAUCACGGUUUUUCUUAAAAAAAAAAUUUCAAACUUCAACUCAAGAGUGGAACUUCUUCAUCUUCACUACACGACAAUUCAGCUCUUUUGAAAGCAUUCUGUGGUAGAUGAACUGUGUCUGUGGUAAUGAAUCUGUGGUAACGAAUGAAUUCGUGCUCCAAUGCGGCACUGUGCACUGCUAUCACUGGGACUUUCGCCAAGAUGGCGGCCUCGUAUUCUGCGCCAUUUUUUAUAUGAAAGAAACUGAUAGCGAGUGCAUAUUUAGAAAUAAUUUAUUUAUAUAAUUCGUGUAUCACAUGGUUUUCUAACCGUAACUAGAGUUAAGGUGUUCGUUUUCGUUUGUUUUCUAUUCUUCGGGCAGGCAACGAAAUUGUAGGUCGCCAAAUUACACUUGAAGACGCCCCUGGUUUUCAAGACGACGCUCAGUGAAGUUGAUCUCAGUACCGAUGUUACGAACCUACAAUUUUGGAUAAACUGCUCUCUAAAAUCUAUGAUAACCACAAUAAACAAAUAAUAGUUUGUAAUACGAUGUAAUACUACACAUAUUUUUGUAUUCAUUAUUAUCAUAAUAGCAACCUAUGUAAGCAUGAUAAAGUCUUCAGUUUGGUGUAACCAACGGACAACUUAUUAUAUAAUACCCCCAUCGAACCGAAACUUUCAAAGAUUUAUCGACGGUCAAUCUUUGAAAGGCCCAGGUUAUAAUUGUUUGUGAUAGUUUCUUUGUGAUAUAUUUUUUCGUGUUGGAGGACUGAGCCCUUUUUAUUUUUGAUUAUUUAGUAUUGUAUCCCGCAUCCCCUUUCUUAUAGAUUACGCGGUCCUCCACCAUUUUCUUAAGUUUAGUGUGACUCUAGUUACUUUUUAAUCGAAAACCAACUAGUUGUAAGUUCACGCGGCAAUCUCACGUUUCAUUCAUACUGCCAGUAGCAUUAGUGGUGUCAUUUAUGUCAUAUAUUUAUGGUAACAUAAUCUUUUGUAUUGUUUUUAGAUUAGUUAUACUUUUUUUAAGUUCAUAAGCCUCCAUUUUAAUAUGGACUUUAUUUAUUAUUCUUUAACUGGGUUAUCAAUUUUUUUGUGACUCAUGCGAAAUUUACAUGAAUAAACGUAAAUAACCAUUA